UGGACUUUGCCCGGUGCGGCCAUGUUGAAUAUUAUUUCCACUUCACGGCCUGUGGUAAAGGGGUGUCUUUUGGCUUUCCGCAUCAUGUCUUCAUGUUCUGCCGGGAUGCGGCCCAGGACCAUCCUGGGAACUAUGGAGUUUGGCCGACGCGCGGAUCCACAGCAAAGCGCAGCAAUGGUGUGCGCGUUCAUGGAGCACGGGCACGACGAGCUGGACAGCGCGUUCAUGUACGCGGACGGGCGCUCGGAGGAGAUCAUUGGCUCGAUGGGCCUCGGACAGAAAGUAAAGUUUGCAACAAAAGUGAAUCCAUGGGAUGGGAAAACGCUGAAAGCAGAGAGUGUCAGAAAUCAGUUUAAAACAUCAUUGGAACGCCUACAAAGGAAGAGCGUUGAGAUCCUAUAUCUUCAUGCCCCAGACCAUGAGACACCAAUUGAGGAAACACUAGCUGCUUGUCAGGAGCUUUAUCAACAGGGGAAGUUUAAAGAACUUGGCCUGUCAAACUAUGCUGCAUGGGAAGUGGCAGAGCUGUAUUCAGUCUGUAAACAUAAUGGAUGGGUCCUUCCUACCAUUUAUCAGGGAAUGUACAAUGCCACAACUCGUCAAGUGGAGACAGAACUCUUUCCCUGUCUCCGACAUUUUGGAAUGCGAUUUUAUGGUUACAACCCACUUGCGGGAGGGUUACUAACUGGGAAGUAUACAUUUGAAGACAAAAAUGAGAAACAUCCUGUUGGCCGGUUCUUUGGAAACACUUGGGCUGAGGCUUACAGAAACAGGUAUUGGAAGGAGCAUCACUUCCAAGCUUUAGAUCUAGUGAAGAAAACAAUAGAAACAACGUACAGUUCUGAGAAGCCAAGCUUGACAGCAGCAGCAUUAAGAUGGAUGUAUCAUCACUCCAAACUCCGGGGGGAUCUUGGUGAUGGAGUUGUAAUUGGAAUGUCAACGAUGGAACAGCUUCAGAUGAACCUGACUGCCUCAGAGGAAGGGCCACUUGCCCCGACCGUGGUCGAGGCCUUUAAUGAAGCUUGGAAUCUUGUGGCGCAUGAUUGUCCAAAUUACUUUCGAUAGGAGUCGUCCUUCAAAAUAAAAGUGCUGAAGUAACACUUAAUUUCUUGAUGGACCCAGUUCAAAGCCUUUACUAAUAAUUUUAUUCAGAUAUGGAUGAAACAAUUAAUGUAACUGAUGUUAACAAAGCUCAGCUGCCUUGUCUUUCUCGUGAAAAGUUGCUGAGUUGCAAUGGGAAAAUAAUAACAGAUGAGUAGUCAAUGUAACUGUUCUAUGAUAAGAAAUCUGACAGAAGACCAGCCUUGGGCGAAAUCACUUGCAAGAUACAAGAUUACACUCGGAGAUCUUUCAGUAAGUCCAGUCCCACAAAUAUCGAAUUAAAAAAUGAACACUUAAUAGAAUCAAAGCUGUUAGAAAAAGUACAUUAUGUUUAUUUCAAAUCUGUCUCCAAUGGAGAAUAAAAUGAACUAAUAGAUCA